CGCCGCAGGAGUUGCCUGCCCGUAGGUCUCCCCCAUGACAAUGUCUUCCAUUAAGAUUGAGUGUGUUUUGCCCGAGAACUGCCGGUGCGGUGAGUCUCCAGUAUGGGAAGAAGCGUCCAACUCUCUGCUCUUCGUAGAUAUUCCUGCGAAAAAGAUUUGCCGGUGGGAUUCACUCACCAAGCAAGUGCAGCGAGUGAUCAUGGAUGCCCCAGUCAGCUCUUUGGCCCUUCGCCAGUCAGGAGACUAUGUCGCCACCAUUGGAACAAAGUUCUGUGCUUUGAACUGGGCAGAUCAAUCAGCAGUUGUCCUGGCUACAGUGGAUAAAGAUAAGAAAAACAAUCGAUUCAAUGAUGGGAAGGUGGAUCCCGCCGGGAGAUACUUUGCUGGCACCAUGGGAGAAGAAACAGCCCCGGCAGUUAUGGAGCGGCACCAAGGGUCCCUGUACUCCCUUUUUCCUGACCACCAUGUGAAAAAGUAUUUCGACCAGGUGGACAUCUCCAAUGGUUUGGAUUGGUCCCUAGACCACAAAAUUUUCUAUUACAUCGACAGUUUAUCCUACUCCGUGGAUGCCUUUGACUAUGACCUGCAGACAGGACAAAUCUCCAACCGCAGAAGUGUUUACAAGCUGGAGAAAGAAGAACAAAUCCCAGAUGGAAUGUGUAUUGACACUGAGGGGAAGCUCUGGGUGGCCUGUUACAAUGGAGGAAGGGUGAUUCGUUUAGAUCCUGAGACAGGGAAAAGACUCCAAACCGUGAAGUUGCCUGUUGAUAAAACAACUUCAUGCUGCUUCGGAGGGAAGGAUUAUUCUGAAAUGUAUGUGACCUGUGCCCGGGACGGGUUGGACCCUGACAGUCUUUUGAGGCAACCUGAAGCUGGUGGGAUUUUCAAGAUAACUGGCCUGGGGGUCAAAGGAAUUGCCCCCUAUCCGUAUGCGGGAUGAGUGACAGGUCUUUCCUGCUAGAAGAAGCUUUGAAGACAACCAGAGAAUUCUGGUGCUGAAAUUUUAAUCUAGUUAGAAAAAUGAAGGAAUGGUAUUAUUAACAGGGUUAAAUUUUAAUUUACAAUUUUUAAAAGAUAGAGCCUUUUUAACGGGGGGUGACAGGUAGGCCUUCUGUAAAAGGUGCUAUAGAAAAGCAAAGAAUUGCUCAACUGUCAACCGGCCUCUUGAUUCUUUGCAAAAUGCUGAAUGUGGGGUGGGGGGAUAGGAGACCUUACUUGUUCUUUAUUCUGCAUUCCAUACUUAAUAUAUUUAAAGCUUCAAAAAACUAAUAAAUAGUAACCUGGUAAUGA